CCCCUCUGCCAUCUUCCUCACCCCUUUGGUUUCACCAAAAAACUGAGGGUAUUUUCGUAAAAGUCCAACUCAACACGCACCACAAAUCUCAGAGCUGGAUUUUUGGUUCUGUUCACUUCCCAUUGGCUGCACCUCUUCACAAACCAACUAAAUCCAUUGCUAUUACUUUUCUAAUCGCUUUCUCUUUCUCUUUCUCUUGAACCUUCUCCCACCCAUCUCCACCACCACUUCAUACAACCUUAAACACCCAAAACAACACACACAAACACACUCACACACCAACACCAGGAACAGAAAAACCAGUUACCGUUAGUUUCUAUGACUUUCGAUGUUAUGUGUGAGUGUGAUAGAUAGAAAGUAGAAACUACAGCUCAUAUUAUUUCUUUUUUAUUUUUCUUAGCUUGUUCCUGAUUUUGAGGCAGCCCAAUUAGAGUUCUGAGAAGAAUUAUCUUUCUAGAUUUGGUUUGAGGUGGUUUGCUUUGUUGGGUUUAGAUCUUUGGAAUUGUUCUGCUAAAAGCUGGGACAAAGAUUUUGUUUUUCUGUGGAAAUAGAGGUUCCAAGAGGUUGGUGUGAUCUGAUGAGAGUGGUUAGAAGUUAGAAGAAAGUCUAAGGGGAAAAGGAAGGUUUGGUUGUGAUUGGGGGCACGUGUGGAUUCAGAAGUUAAGAGGGUAAUGGAGUCAGAUCUUCAGCAGCACCCUCCCAUGUUUUUGGAUCACCAGCAGCCGACGAAUUCAGGGUUGACACGGUAUCGAUCGGCUCCGAGUUCUUAUUUUUCGAGCAUCAUCGACCGUGAGUUCUACGAGCACGUUUUCAAUCGACCCUCUAGCCCCGAAACAGAACGAAUGUUGACACGCUUUGUGAAUAGUCUUGGUGGGGGCGAUGCUGAUGCUGAUGCUGCUGAUGCAGAGGAUGCGCUUCCUACUCAAAAUCCCUCUACCGUUGUUGCUGUUAAAGAAGAGGUUAAUCAACAACCUAAGGAUAUGCCUUUACCACCCAUCAAUAAUGAGCCUCUUGUUCUCCAACAACAUCAACAGCAGCAACAAAGUAAUAUCAAUAAUUAUGGCUCUUCUGCUCCUCAGAAUUUUUACCAGAACAUUGGACGACCACCUUUGCCAAACCAGAUUGAGACCGGUCGUAGAAGUGCUUCAAAUCUUAUCAGACAUGGUAGCUCACCUGCUGGAUUGUUUUCAAACAUUAACAUUGAAAGUGGUUAUGCUGCUGUAAGAGGCAUGGGGACUAUGGGAGCUGCUAAUAACAGUACUGAGGAAGCAAACUUUUCUCCCGUAACAAGGAUGAAGAAUGCACCAAACUACUCUUCGGGAUUAAUGUCGUCAAGGGCUGAAAUUGGAAACAAAAACAAUACACAGAAUAAUGCAGAAAAUGAAGGGUUUGCUGACAGCCAGGGCAAUGAAUUCAUCCCUGGUUUCCCCGUUGGUUCAUGGGAUGAUUCUGCAAUCAUGUCUGACAAUAUGACAGGUCUGAAGAGACACAGAGAAGAAGAUGUAAAACCAUUUUCUGGUUUAAACCUACCCGAAAGUCAGAACGAAGCAGGAGGCCAACCUUCCACUGCUUUGGCUCAUCAAUUGAGUUUGCCAAAUACUUCUGCAGAAAUGGCAGCCAUUGAGAAGUUUCUACAGCUCUCAGAUUCUGUUCCUUGCAAAAUUCGUGCGAAACGAGGUUGUGCCACUCACCCAAGAAGCAUUGCAGAAAGGGUUAGAAGAACUAAAAUUAGUGAGAGAAUGAGGAAACUGCAAGAUCUCGUCCCCAACAUGGAUAAGCAAACAAACACGGCAGACAUGUUGGACUUGGCUAUCGAGUACAUUAAAGACCUUCAAAAGCAAGUUGAGGUAUGUUACAAACCAACCUCUAUCAUCUAUCACUCCUAUGUCUGCCCAGGUGCACCCCAAAAUAAAACGAUUUUGUUUGAAACAAAAACAGAAAAACCAUUUACCACUUUGAGAAAACACCAAAACUACACAACCGUUUGCAUAACCUCAUAAAUAUAUGUGUGGUCAAAGCAUUUACAGACGUUCAGGUACUCAUUUUGUAUAUAUGUUUGUGUAUACUUGGUUAGACUCUUUCAGAAAAUCGCGAUAAGUGUACGUGUUCACACAAUCAGCAGCAGCAGCAAUAACGGAAAAAGGAGAUACCCGCGUCAUUCCGUGUACAUACAGCUUAGUAAUAAUUUGGUCUGGAAACCAGUGCAUCUUUCCGAUAAUCAUGUAGCCACAACAUUUCUUCAGCGGUUGGUUCUUUAGGAGUGGUGGCAAAAUUACGCUUAUAAAAGUUGACUUUAUGAUCAAAAUUCGGUGCCACAUAUUCAAAGCAUGGUGUACAAUUUUUUUUCUGAUAUAGUCUAUAUGCCUUUAAUCUUAGGGGGACCCAUUACUCUUAGGGUGGGGGUGGAAAAUGGAAAUUUGCAUUUUUGCAACUUGGUUCGUCAAUAACGUUAAAAGGGGAUGUUAUGUUAUGUAUGGGAUUGAGUCCACAUUGAAUGACAUGGGAAACAUGGGGGGACCGAAGCCGACAUCGUUUUGUUGGUUAUAUAUAAACCUGUAUGAGUAUGAGCAGUGUGUUUUACUUUUUAUUUUCA